ACUCACAGCUACCGGGCGCCAGGCAGAGCGUCCCCUAUCUCCCGACGGGCGUGCAGACCUCUGACCGUGGAGUCUCUCGGCCGCCGGGAGUCGUCCCCUUGGGUCGUCGCCCGGGUCGCCCGCCGUUCUCCGGCCCCGAGGGGCCCGGCCGGCCGCGGCGAGGGGAGAGGUCAGCAUGAGCCGGGGGGUCGGGUGGGCCGGCGCAGGGCAGGGGGCGGCGGCCGCGUUGCAGCUGCUGGUCACCCUGAGCUUCCUCCCGAGCGUCGUCGAGGCCCAGGUCACUGGUGUCUUGGAUGACUGCUUGUGUGAUGUUGAUAGCAUCGAUAACUUCAACACCUUCAAAAUCUUCCCCAAAAUAAAAAAGCUGCAAGAACGAGACUAUUUCCGUUAUUACAAGGUCAACCUGAAGCGACCGUGUCCUUUCUGGGCAGAAGAUGGCCAUUGUUCAAUAAAAGACUGUCAUGUAGAGCCUUGUCCAGAGAGUAAAAUUCCAGUUGGAAUUAAAGCUGGGAGUUCUAAUAAGUACUUGAAAGUGGCAAACAAUACCAAAGAAUUAGAAGAUUGUGAACAAGCUAGUAAACUGGGAGCAAUUAACAGCACGUUAAGUAAUCAAAGCAGAGAAGCUUUCAUUGACUGGGCAAGAUAUGAUGAUUCACAGGAUCACUUUUGUGAACUUGAUGAUGAGAGAUCUCCAGCUGCUCAGUAUGUAGACCUUUUGCUGAACCCUGAGCGUUACACUGGCUAUAAAGGGCCCUCUGCGUGGAGAGUGUGGAACAGCAUCUACGAAGAAAACUGUUUCAAGCCUCGAUCUGUUUAUCGUCCUUUAAAUCCUCUGGCACCCAGCCGAGGAGAAGAUGAUGGAGAAUCAUUCUACACGUGGCUAGAAGGUUUGUGUUUGGAGAAAAGAGUCUUCUAUAAGCUUAUAUCGGGACUUCAUGCUAGUAUCAAUUUACAUCUAUGUGCAAAUUAUCUUUUGGAAGAAACCUGGGGUAAACCGACCUGGGGACCUAAUAUGAAAGAAUUCAAACGCCGCUUCGACCCUGUGGAAACCAAGGGAGAAGGCCCAAGAAGGCUAAAGAAUCUGUACUUUUUAUAUUUAAUUGAGCUUCGAGCUUUAUCAAAGGUGGCCCCUUACUUUGAGCGCUCAAUUGUCGAUCUUUACACUGGAAAUGUAAAAGAGGAUGCUGACACAAAAACCCUUCUACUGAAUAUCUUUAAAGAUACAAAGUCCUUUCCCAUGCACUUUGACGAGAAAUCCAUGUUUGCAGGUGACAAAAAGGGGGCCAAAUCGUUAAAGGAGGAAUUCCGGUUACAUUUCAAGAAUAUAUCCCGUAUAAUGGACUGUGUUGGAUGUGACAAAUGCAGGUUAUGGGGGAAAUUACAGACUCAGGGUUUAGGAACUGCCCUGAAGAUAUUAUUCUCAGAAAAAGAAAUCCAAAAGCUUCCGGAGAACAGCCCAUCUAAAGGCUUCCAACUCACUCGACAGGAAAUAGUUGCUCUUUUAAAUGCUUUUGGAAGGCUUUCUACAAGUAUAAAAGAGUUACAGAAUUUCAAAGUCUUAUUACAACACAGUAGGUAAUAGAGGCUUUUAUAUGUCUAAUUAGAGACAUAAAGUGACUGUGUGAAGCCUUUUUAGUCUUGGACAUUUCAGCAGAAGGAGACUAAUCUUCAGACUUCAAGAAUUCUGAACUCUUAAAGAGAAAAUUCAAAUGUUCACUUGAAUAUUUAUGCUUCUUAAUAGAUUAUCAGUUAGAGAUAUUUGUAAAGGAAGUAUAUACUUUUAAAACA